AGUCAGGUCAGUUACAGAUUGCCUCUCAAGAUGGCAACAGAAAUUCAAACUUCACCAGAUUUGAGAGUAAAAUUCAGCAGAGGGGUUCAUAAAUAUGGAAGAGAUCAAGAUCAAUGUGAAAUAGAGACGUUGAACGAAGAAAACCAACACUCUGAUCCGGACUUACAACAAACUGAGAAAAACAACCAGAAGAACCUUCCAACUGUGAAAAGAAACAGUUUCAGAGUUUUCAAAGUUUUCCUGGGAGUGUUUUAUCUUCUGGUUCUGGUUGGAUUCAUCAUACGCUAUCUUCUAGUAACCUUGGAAGUCAACCAACUGAAGACCAAACUCAACAGAGAGUGUUCUGAAGGAUGGAGAAGAUUUGGAUCAAGUUUUUACAGAAAAUUCACUGAGAGUAAAACUUGGACUGAGAGCAGGAGGGAGUGUGAGAAAAGAGGAGCUGAUCUGGUGAUCAUAAGCAGCAAAGAGGAGCAGGAUUUUGUGGGACAACUGGACACGGAUGAAAACUCCUGGAUUGGUCUGAAAGCUGAAUGGUCGACAAGUAAACAGAUAUUUGAAUGGAAAUGGGUGGACGGAUCACCACUGAAAACUAUGUUCUUGACUGCAGGAUGGUCUCCACAUCAGCAUAACCAACUUGAAUAUGCUGCACUGUGUUGUACUUAUGAAGGGAAAUGGACGUACUCAUAUCACGCUUACAAGAAAAACUGGAUCUGUGAGAAGUAAAAUCAAGAUUUCAUUGUUGAAACCUGAUGAACUUCAGAUAACAUUUGUUCACUUUCAUUUCCUGUGUUUCAUGUGUCAUUUAUAAAUGUGGUUAUUCUGAACUUCAUCAUGUGUACAGGGUAGUGAAGCUGUCAUCAGAACUACAGGAGAACUUGAUUAUGCUGAAGUAAAAUAUAAUUAUAUAAUAUACUGUAAAUAUAUACUGUAUGAAUGAAUUGUGCCAAAUUUACACGAUUAAUCCAAAAUGGCCAAAUUCCUGUUUGGUUUCGGCCAUGGCACCAAGAGACUUUUCUUUAAGUUGCGACAUGAUACAGGUGUGUACCGAUUUUCGUACAUGUAUGUCAAACUGUAUUGUGGGGCUUGAGGCACAAAGUUUUCUAGGGGGCGCUGUUGAGCCAUUAGGCCACGCCCAUUAAUGCAAACCAUUAAAUAUUACAUUUUUUACCAGGCCUGGGUUGCGUGCAAAAUUUGAUGACUUUUGGGGCACGUUUAGGGGGAAAAAAGGCCCUCCUUUCGUCGGAAAAAUAAAAAUAAAGAAGAAGAAUUCCUACAGAUACAAUAGGACCUUCGCAUUGUAAGUGCUCGGGCCCUAAUUAUUGUAAAUAAUUAUAAAUGCAGCUUUACUUCACUUUGUUUACUUGUGUUGUUUUAAUUUGAUGUGUGAGGAAUGAAGAGUUGUCAGUUA